AUGGAAACAUUUUCAAUUCUUUUUCAGUGGAACAACCUCAGAAGAAGCUUAAUGAGACAAGAACUACUCUGAUUAUCCCUAAGACUAGCCAGAGCCCAGUGAGACCUAAAAAGUGAGUCAUAA